UCCUCGUUGUCCUGGCCCCGCCUCUGCCAGGAGCUCGCCCCGGAAGAUGGCGGCGGCCGCAGAGUUGAUGCUGCUUGAGAAGUCCCUGGGGCUGAGUAAAGAGAAUAAAUACAGUGCCCAGGGCGAGCGCCAGAUCCCAGUUCUUCAAACAAACAGUGGUCCAAGUCUGACAGGAUUGACUACGAUAGCAGCUCAUCUAGUCAGGCAAGCCAACAAAGAGUAUUUGCUUGGGAGCACUCCAGAAGAGAAAGCAGUCGUUCAGCAGUGGUUAGAAUACAGGGUAACUCACGUAGACGGGCAGUCCGGUAAAGAUGACGUCCGUACUCUGUUGAAGGAUCUUAAUUUAUAUCUUGAAGAUAAAGUCUACCUUACGGGCUAUAACUUUACAUUGGCAGAUAUCCUGUUAUACUAUGGGCUCCAUCGCUUUAUAGUUGACCUGACAGUUCAAGAAAAGGAGAAAUACCUUAACGUGUCUCGCUGGUUUUGUCACAUCCAGCAUUAUCCAGGCAUCAGGCAGCACCUGCCUAGUGUUGUCUUCAUCAAGAACAGACUGUAUACCAAUUCCCAUUAAAAGCUGCCCAGGCUGGACAGAAGAGUGAUUAAAAACGUUUCAAAUGGAAAAUGUAUUGUGGACCACAGGACUAACAUAAAUUGAUUUGCAAUCAUUCUUUAUUUGUUGAUGUAGAUGCUAAAAUUUUUCAAGUGUAAACUUGUGCCUGAGUAUUUUAUUUGUUCUUUAGUUGAAAUUUUGCAGUUUUUUAUGUAAAAAUUCAACUGCUGUUAAAAAAAAAAGUCGAUCAAGUUAUAAAUUACCUUUGUUUUAUAGAUGAAAUUUAUUUAAUAAAAGUUGCAAAUCAGUGGCUUAAUGUUAAAGUGAAAAAUAGAUUGUCCUUUCAGUA